CUUUGUAAGGAGUCAAGUUUCAACCCCCCCAUCUGUAACUGAUCCCAGAGAGAAAAAAAACUUCUUCAAUUAUUUACAAGCUAUUAACUGACACAGACCAUACCGUCUAACGCAAGACGCGGAUAAGCAGGGAAUUAAUUACCCGAUUUCGACAAGUUAAGACUCCGACAUUGCGAGGCGAAGAGAGAGAGAAAAAAGACCAUUGUCUGAUUUGGCCAUAAUGAAGGUCCGGGAUUUUGCUGCGAUGAAGAUUUGAAAAAGCAACUCUUGAGUAAAGUUUACAAAACGGACGGAGAGGCGCUUCUUGUGCGUUUACGCGCUGUAUCCGGUGUGCAUUGAAGAAAGGAAGACUCCAUGGACACCUUCAGCACCAAGAACCUGGCCCUCCAGGCGCAGAAGAAGCUGAUGAGCAAGAUGGCCACCAAAACGAUGGCCAACAUGUUCAUCGACGACACCAGCAGCGAGAUUCUGGACGAGCUGUACCGCGUCACCAAGGAGUACACCCGCAACCGCAAGGAGGCCCAGAAGAUCAUCAAGAACCUCAUCAAGAUGUUGGUGAAGCUGGGCGUGCUGUACCGCAACAACCAGUUCAACAGCGAGGAGCUGGGGCUGGUGGAGAGCUUCCGCAAGAAGGUGCACACGCUGGCGAUGACGGCGGUCAGCUUCUACCAGAUCGAGUUCACCUUCGACCGCCGGGUCAUGGCCAACAUCCUGAACGAGUGCCGGGACCUCCUGCACCAGGCCAUUAACCGGCACCUCACCGCCAAGUCUCACUCCCGGGUCAACCACGUCUUCAACCACUUCUCCGACUGCGACUUCCUGGCCACCCUCUACGGUCCCACCGACGUCUACCGCCGCCACCUGCAGAAGAUCUGCGAGGGCGUCAACAAAAUGCUGGACGAGGGCAACCUCUGACCUCUGACCCUUGACCCUCCCUGGAGCUCCAGGGUCUUUUUUUUCCAAGUACAUCUAAAUAUUAUUUCUUGUUUCAUUUCGUGUGUUUCUUUCCCAUCUCUACAUCUACUUAAUAAGUCCAAAGAUGGCCCCACGAUUGCAGAUGUGACCUCACCCUUGAAAUUCAGACUGCGAUGAAUCAAACCAGUCUCGAUACUUCGGUUUCUCCCUGUGAAAAAAUGUUCCACGCCAUUGAAGUGCUUUCUGCUGGUCUUUUCUGUCUAAAGUGGAUUGCUUGUGUGUCUUUUUUUAUUUAUUUUUUUUGAGAGAAGGAGAGGUAGGUUUUGAAACAUGUAAUCAAGAAGCUUUGACAUUCAGACACAUUUGUGUUUGUUCACGAAGGCUGUUUUGAGUCUGGUAUUUUUGCAUUGGAACCAAAGCUUCAGAGGCCUUUUCCAAAUAUCUUCCGCUUUCUGUUUUAGAAAGAAUAGGUUUUGCAUAGAAUUGGUAACAAAUCUCUCACAGAAAUUUACCACUGUCUUAAGCAUCCUGGAAAAAUAACUAAAUAGAGUUGAACAAUAAAUAUUUAAGACCUCAGAUAGGAAGAUAACUGUCAUAACUAAUCAGCAAAACACUUAAGAUCAGUUUUACACUCACCAUGCAGAAUCUCAUUUGAUUGUAGUUUUCUGCACUGAUGAGCUCUGUUAAUGAUUUUGGUGUAGGAAUUUGGACUUUAUCUCCUUACAGUUUCCAAGUGUUCCUUCAAAGUGCCAGAUCAGCUCAAGAAGAAAUGGUUUAUUCCAUAGCAUUUAUUUUCUAUGUUGGGGUUGUCGGACUCAUAUAGACAAAACACAGACACAGACAAAUAUAUCCUCUAGAAAGAAAAAGAUGAAUCUAUGCAAUACCAAAAGGUUUUGUCUUAUACAGGUAAAUUCCUCACAUACUGAAAAAAAAACAUUAAUGAGAGUAUUUCUGUAGGAUUAGAGUGCAGCAGUAUAGUCAAUCAGUUUGCAUUAUAAGUUUGCAAUGUUUACAGCCUGGGUCUCCCUGGUGUUUUUAUGAAUUUUUGGAAUAUCAAGGGCUUUUUUUGUUUUGCAACCUGUCGGACCAAAGAGAAUGUGGGAAUUUUAUAUUGGGACAAAGCUUUGUCAAGGCACCAGGAGUUCUCCGAGUGCAUUAGCCUGGAAAACCAAGAAGGAUUUGUCAAUCAGUCCCCUGCGGAGCAAACUCAGAAAUGACCCUGCCUGCCAGUAACGGAAAGGGCCUGUAAGCCAGGCCGGUCUUGCUCAUUGACUGUUUUAGAACCUGAGUUUACAGCUGUAUUUGUAAAAAUAAAAAGAAACCGCAACUCUCA